UCUCAGAAAUAAACAGACUUUUACUGCUGCGGAGAAAACCAAGUAGGGAAAUGCACAUGGAUCUCUUAUCUCAAUUUUAUUAUUAAUUGGUCUCUUAAUAAAAUUAGUCAUGAUUCAUGAAUGAAUAGAAUGUGACAAGUUAUUUAUUACUCAAAUAGUUGACGUUAUUGAGUCAUUUUAAUUCAAUUCAACAUUUAGUUUAGACUCGAGUUUCUCGUGCGUGCCAAAUUUGUGUGAUUUUGCAUUCAUUUCAUUACAUUGUCACCCGGAAGUAAAAUUUUGAAGAUGACGGCGAUAAAUAUUUGGAGCAGUGCGUUCUUAUCAGUGCUUAUCUUGUGGAGUGGAGUAGAUGGAGCUCACACGCAGCAAGACUCCGGAAAACAAACGUGGUCGUAUGUGGAAGUUCGCCCCGGAGCCCACAUGUUUUGGUGGCUGUACUACACCACAGCCCCCGUCCCCACGCCGACGACCCGUCCACUCGUCCUCUGGCUGCAAGGCGGCCCCGGCGCGAGUUCGACCGGCUUCGGAAACUUUGCAGAAAUCGGACCGCUCGAUGUUUCCCUGCAGAAUCGAACCCACACGUGGCUCAAUUAUGUGAAUCUCCUCUUCGUCGACAAUCCGGUCGGAUGUGGGUUCAGUUAUGUGAACGAUACGAAGCUCUUGGUCACGAAUAAUUCCCAAAUUGCGGACGAUCUGGUGGAAAUGUUGAGCAAAUUUUUGGACAAAGUUCCCGACUUUCAGACCACGCCGUUGUAUAUUUUUGCGGAAUCGUAUGGAGGCAAAAUGGCGGCACAGUUUGCCCUCAGAGUGUGGAAAUUGGUGGAGAAGGGGAAGAUCAAGUGUAAUUUGAAGGGCGUCAACCUUGGCGACUCUUGGAUAAGCCCGGUCGACUCUGUCCUUACUUGGGCGCCCUACCUGUUUUCCACCUCGCUCGUCGACAAUCCCGGAUUCGCCGCGGUGAACGCGUCCGCCUACGCGGUGAAGGCAGCCGUGGACAAAGGUCUCUUCCCAGAAGCCACGGCCCUGUGGGAUCAGACGGAAGAAAUCAUCAACAAGGUCACGAAUGGAGUCAACGUGUACAAUAUUCUCGCCCCAGUUGACCCCGAUGAUGUCAGCAAAAGCAAAAGGUCACAAAAUAUGGUUGAGGAACCUCAACCAAAAUCACCAUCCGUCGCAGAAAUCAUGUCGCAAUUCUUCACUCAUGGACAAACCGGAAGUGCGACAUUGCCUCGUCACGACCAUAAACGACCCUUGACCUCAGCUUAUCUCCGGGCCACGUCGCCCGACCCCUUGACCGUCCUAAUGAACGGGUCGAUUAAAGAGAUGCUGCGUAUAAUUCCACCCAAUGUGACGUGGGGAGGCCAACAACACCUCGUUUUCGACGCGUUGAAAGGCGACUUUAUGCGGCCGGUGGUGCACGUGGUGGAAAACUUGUUGAACAACACGCCCCUCGCGGUCAACGUGUACUCGGGACAGUUGGAUCUUAUCGUGGAUACGAUGGGGACAAUGAAAUGGGUGGAGGAAAUGAACUGGGCUGGCGUCCCGGAGUGGUCAAAGGCCAACAGAAAACCCGUUCUGGUCAACAAUUCGACCGAAAUCUUUAUCAAAACGUAUAAGAAUUUCGGCUUUUACUGGGUUCUCAAGGCUGGCCACAUGGUUCCAGCCGACGCGCCGGAAACAGCGGCGGAAAUGUUACAGAUUAUCACACAACUUAAAAAGUGAGCCUUCGGAAGAAGAUAAGGUGACGCCAAAAUGAUAUUCGAGAGACUGCAAAGCCUGAUAAAAUGGUGCAUGCUUAAUUUUAGGGCGAAUUUUUUGCCAAUUUCUGGUCACAAUUUAUUACCAAUUAUGGUGCUAUUUGUAUGUAAAUAAGUAUAACAAUUUAUUCAUUCAGAUUUUUUUCUUUGUAAUUCAUUUUAUUUUUCAUUUCGUAAUUUAUUUCAUAAUACAUUUCAAAAAAAGCUAAUAUGUUUUUGUAAGUUUUUGCAAACAUUGCACUUCCUGUUCUGUUCCUCCUCCAUCCAGGUUUUAAAAAAAUGUUACAUAAUAUUUAUUCCUCUUUGUAAACUAUCUCUUAAAAAAACUCUGCAAAAUAUCAGUGCAGAAAUCAUGCAAAAAUUGUACCCAUUUAAAAA